GAUGGAGCUUAAAAGAAUGAAGAAUGUUUAUGCAAUAAUCAUUUUCUUAUCUUUUGCUUUGUUAUUGUUUGGAGGGUCUGCUGAGCAAUGUGGGUGGCAGGCCGGGGGCGCUGUUUGCCCCAACGGGCUGUGCUGCAGCCAAUAUGGGUGGUGCGGCACCGUCAAUGCCUACUGUGGGGCGGGCUGCCAAAGCCAAUGUCGUCGUCGUUCAACCCCGGCUCCUAUCCGUGGUGGCGGUGGUGGUGGAGGCUACAUUGGUCGGCUAAUCAGGGAGGACACUUUCAACCAAAUGUUUAAGUAUAGUAAUGAUCCAAGAUGUCCCAGCAAUGGAUUCUAUAGCUACCGUGCUUUUCUUACUGCAGCUCAAUCCUUUAAUGGCUUUGCUACAACGGGAGAUGAGGCCACUCGUAAAAGGGAGUUGGCGGCUUUCUUCGGCCAAACCUCUCAGGAAACUACGGGAGGAUGGGCAACCGCACCGGAUGGUCCAUAUGCAUGGGGAUAUUGUUUCGUAAGACAACAAUAUCAGAGUACUUACUGCUCACCUAGCUGGGAUUGGCCUUGCGCUUCUGGCCAACAAUAUUACGGACGUGGACCUAUCCAAAUCUCUUACAAUUACAACUACGGACAAGCUGGUCGAGCUUUGGGGUUGGAUUUAAUAAACAAUCCAGAUUUGGUAGCCACUGAUCCAGUGAUAGCAUUCAAGACAGCCAUUUGGUUUUGGAUGACACCACAAGGAAACAAACCAUCAUCUCAUGAUGUUAUUACUGGUCGGUGGCAGCCAUCAGACUCCGAUAGAGAUUCGGGAAGAUACCCCGGUUACGGUGUCAUUACCAACAUCAUUAAUGGCGGAGUCGAAUGUGGAAGUGGUUAUAAUGAUGCAGUCAAUGGUAGAAUUGAAUUUUACAAAAGGUAUUGUGACAUGUUAGGUGUUAGCUAUGGAGACAACUUGGACUGCUACUAUCAAAGUUCUUUUGCUUAAACCUUCAUAACAAAGUAUAAGCAGAAAUAUAUGUGAGAAAAACCUUAACAUCAAAGUAUGAGCAGAAAUGUAUGUAAUGUAAUAGUUUUUUGGAAUAAAUAAUUUUUCUCACCUUAAUAAAGGCAAGCCUGUUC